GUCACAGCCAUUACUGGGGCGUAAGGAAGAAUUUUCAUUUCCUAUCAAGUAUUCAUUACUUUCCAUUAUUAUUAGUAAAUUGGCUGGUGAUUGAGUAAACUACAGUUUUUGGUGGCUUGAUUUCGAAACUCGUAGCCCCGCCAGGCCACCGAGGAGCUUCUUUUAUCCCACAGUUGUCAAAAUGUUCCUUUCUCACCUACAAAAACACAAAAAACAAAAAACGGAAAUUGUCGUCCACAGUCAUUAAAUUUGAUGAUUUAAUCAAAUGUUUGUUGUCGUCCACAGUCAUUAAAUUUGCCCGAUGGCCAGUCCGAUGAUCAGAUGCUGACGGAUCUCCCCACGGGUUUCACAUAAUACUCUGGAACCUGAACUUGACACCUUUUGUGACUUUAAGUUUUGACACACAAGCUAACAGAUAUAUCUCAAAUUCUGUUAGUGUUACACAACUUGUACCAGCAGUUCUUUCUUGCAUUGCCAGUUGCAGACCCCUGGCUUUCUUCAGAAUUAACUCAAUUAAGCAAUGCAAGGAUUUUGAAGUUUGAACCCAAUGAAUCAGCAAGAAACACCAACAACCCUAAAACCAGCAGAGUGCAAACUUACUCCCAUGCCGCACCCGCAGAGCACCACCCCUUCACGCUUAAGAGUCAACUCCAAGCCUAAAGAUCAGUCAGAGAAAGCAGAAGCAAGGCCCAAAACUGUACCCCCUUAUGUCAAGGACAGCACAAAAAACAGCAGGAAGUCUCCGCUGCUGAACAAGCCUAAAUCUGGAGACCAACUGCAACUAGUGGGAUACCAUCACAAGGGUAGAGUUGUGGAACAAUUUGCGCGGCCUAGGCGUUUUAGCACUAAUCUUAUUUCGAAGAGCGAAGAAAACACCGUCGCAACAGAGAAGAAUAGUGUUGAUGAGCUGAGAGAGAAGCUCAGUUGUAGUGAGGCUUUGGUUAAAGAUUUGCGGGCUCAGAUGCUGGGUUUGGGGGCAGAGUUGGAUGGUGCACGGAGCUUGAAUAUAGAGCUGGAGUCUCUUAAUAGAAAGCUCAACGAGGAUCUUGCUGCUGCUGAAGCAAAGAUAGCAGCUCUUGCAAGCCCUGAUCAGGUUCAGCUGCAGAGGAAGUCAACUGGAGAGUACCAGAACCCCAAAUUCAAGGACAUUCAGAAACUCAUUGCCAACAAAUUAGAACACCCAAAAGUUACAAGGGAGGCAAUCAAGGAGGCAAGAACAGUUACACCGCCAUUAAGGGCACCUGCUUGUUUGACUCCAAAGGAUACCAGCACAGAGGCAAUUGCAUCAGUAGUUUCCUAUCUGCCACCACCUCCACCACUACUGCUGCCACUUCCACCACCACCACCACCUCCACCUCGGCCUCCUGCUAAAGCAGCUACCACACCAAAGGCUCACUCCCCUGUAGUGGGCCCCGUGCAAUGUUACCAAUCGUCGUUGACAAGGCAAGAAAGGAAAAAAGAUCCUGCAUCAGCAGCAGCAGCAUGGAAUCACAACAAACCCACCGUUAUUAGCGUGCAUAGUAGCAUAGUUGGUGAAAUUCAAAAUCGAUCAGCUCAUCUGCUGGCUAUAAAAGCGGAUGUUGAAACAAAAGGAGAAUUCAUCAACAGUCUCAUCCACGAAGUCUUGGCUGCAGCUUAUACAGAUAUAGAAGAUGUCCUGAAAUUUGUGGAUUGGCUUGAUAGUGAGCUUUCAUCUUUGGCUGAUGAGCGUGCUGUGUUAAAGCAUUUCAAGUGGCCAGAGAGGAAAGCUGAUGCCAUGCGAGAAGCUGCUAUUGAAUAUCGUGAUCUAAAAUUGUUGGAAAAUGAGAUUUCUUCUUUUGAGGAUGACACUAGCAUUCCGUGUGGAGCUGCCUUGAAGAGGAUGGCUGGCCUACUAGAUAAGUCGGAAAGGAGCAUAAAAAGGCUUAUCAAACUGAGAAAUUCAGUAAUGCAUUCUUAUCAGGAGUGUAAGAUUCCAACUGAUUGGAUGCUUGAUUCAGGAAUCAUGUUUAAGCCUAAAACAUUUAGCAGAGCAGUUAAAUCUAAUGCAUUUGAUUGGGACUUGGAGACCAAUAUAAAGCAGGCUUCUAUGAAGCUGGCCACAAUGUACAUAAAGAGAGUGGGAACGGAGCUUCAAUUGGUCCGUAGCUUAGACAAGGAAUCUGCUCAAGAGGCACUGCUUCAUCAGGGCAUGCAUUUUGCAUAUAGGGCUAACCAGUUUGCUGGAGAUCUUGAUUCAGAAACAUUGUGUGCUUUUGAAGAGAUUAGGCAGUGCAUUCCAGGACACCUGGUAGGAUCCAAAGAAUUUUGGCCGGAACACAUGGCUAGUACAUAGGUUCGAUUUUGUUGAAAAUAAAGUGCAUGAACAGUUACUUUUCCAUUUUAUCCUCUGUAGAACGAGAGGUGGUAGUUGUGGAAACAGAUUUUUUUAACAGCUGGAACAAAAAAAACUCUUGAGAUAAAAAAUGUGGAUGGAGGGAGACUGUCCAGCAAAAUAAUACAGAGUAGAAGUGAAUGUGAAUUCAGGUCAUGUAGCAUAUUAAUUACUCUGCAGUGAAUAUGAAUUCAGAAUAUGUAGAAAAAAAAUCUUGCCUUCUCAAAAAUAUAAAGAAAAAGGCGCUCGAAUCGCAUUAAGGAUGGGAUUUCCUAACAUCUUGAUCAACGUUGAAUAAUUAAACUGAGACAGAAUCGAAGACUCAUUUUGAAUAAACUUGUAUUUCCAUUCAAAUGCUAGUUAUGUUAACCAAGGGUACUUUUAAUAAGAAGGAAACGAACAGU